CGACGACGACGACAGCCACCACACUGCUACUACCGAGCUGCGACGACGAGAACUGGCACUCAAAUAGAGCAGCCCAAGGUGGCUUCACUUGCAGGAGCACAUCUCCUUGCCCAUAUCCGCUCCAAUACCCGUCGCCUUGCUUGGUCGCCACAUACCGUCCCGAUUAGGAGUUACACCACAACAUCCUCCUGCUACAACACCAUGGCCACUGCAUCUUCGGCCAACGACGACGAACAUCCUUCCUAUCAGCCACCUACAGCACCUACAGGCACUCUGCCGAAGCCUAUACUGGCGAGACAACGAGCGAAACAAGAGGCCGAAAUGUCUGGCGACGCCCCUCCUCCCAAGGCCUCCUAUUUCCCGCUCGGUUACAAGGAAGCCUACUCGCAAUGGUGGACGUCCUUGACGCCAGCAGUGACGGAGCACCGAGUCAUGUCGUUCAUCCCAUAUCUGCGGAGUCCGCCCACAGUCGCCUCGCCCGCGGGAAGUUCGCCGGCCAGCAACAACGCCAGCACGACGAGUGUGGACCAGAAGAAUGCAACGAACGCAGCAGACGCGUCCAUGCAACGGACAGUGAGCGUGGAGGAUCCGUACGGUCCGAGGCAAUGGCAGAGUGAGAUGGUCCCACUAAAGGGCAAGAAUCGUUAUCUGAAUGAGUUCAGUGUGGAGCGGAUUGGCGAAGACGUGGACAACAACCUUGUCAUGCUUCAUGGGUAUGGGGCUGGUUUGGGCUUCUUCUAUAAAAACUUCGAGGCGUUGAGUCGGUUAGCAGGCUGGAAACUGUAUGCGUUGGACAUGCUGGGCAUGGGCCGCUCCAGUCGACCACCAUUCAGUGUCAAGGCAAAAGGUCGUGAAGAGAAGGCCAGGGAAGCAGAGUCGUGGUUUGUGGAUGCUCUGGAAGAGUGGAGAGUGAAGAAGGGCAUUGAUAAAAUGACACUAAUGGGGCAUAGUCUGGGAGGAUACAUGGCAGUAUGUUAUGCGCUCAAGUAUCCGGGACAUUUGAACAAGCUCAUUUUGGCGAGUCCCGUGGGCAUACCGGAGGACCCAUAUGCGGUAGACGACAAUGCAUCGGAGCCCGAGAGCAGCACGAUGCAGAGCGAAUUCACGCAAUCCCAAGGCCAGAGCACAUCAUCGCCUGCGAAGGUGCAAGCACAACCACCCAAGAGGAAAAUGCCGUGGUGGCUCACGAGCUUAUGGGACGCCAACAUUUCUCCCUUUUCAGUUGUGCGACUAUCAGGACCGCUCGGGCCACGUCUCGUAUCUGGUUGGACGAGUCGAAGAUUUUCACACCUCCCUGACGAGGAAGCUCAGGCGCUUCAUGACUAUUCCUAUUCCCUAUUUCGCCAGCGUGGUUCGGGCGAGUACGCUCUCGCACACGUCCUCGCGCCCGGAGCCUUUGCCCGGUCACCUCUGAUUCGCAGAAUCCAAGGCGUGGGGAGGCAAUAUCUAGAGCCUCACGCCACCCCUUCACCUGACAAUGCUUCGUCCAAGAGUGCAAACACCAAUGCAGCACGGCUACGCGAGACUGGUAUCCCGGUGGUGCUCAUGUAUGGCGAAAACGACUGGAUGGACGUGAAGGGUGGGCAUGCGAGUGUAGAGAAGAUGAAUGCUGAGAAGCAAAAGGCUUUAGAAAACGCAUCGGAGCGAGAAAAGCAGCUGGAGAACGGUGACUACAAAGUCAUCAUCACGAGAAAGGCGGGACAUCAUGUCUAUCUCGAUGGGCAUGAACAGUUCAACAACGACAUGUUGAAUGAGAUGAGAGAUGUGGAGAAGCGACAGAAGAGAUUAGCAGGAGUGCGGUAAAGAAGAAAAGAAUUUUAAAGAAAGGGUGUGGUAUUUUCUUCUUUUCUUUUGAUCAGCGGAGGUGUUUUGGGGGACCAUUUGUGAGCGUUGCGUUUCAACAAGACAUUAUACCACCCCAAUACUGGCUGGUGGGGGGUUUUACAUGCCAGAAGUGCCCCCAGUGAAGGGCCAAAUCAAUGAUCAUAGACUUUUUACUAAGAAUAGAGUAAGCAGCAAAUUCUCAUACCUUUGGUAGAUAGUACAUGUAUCUGUCUACCUAAAGGUAGGUAUCCAC